UCACGAAUACAUUUGGUGUACUUAAUCAAUAUUUAAAAUAAUAUUAAGAAAAUUAACAAGAACAUUUGCGUCCGUACUCUGGUGCCCUUGACCCAUUCAAGACAAGACUGGCGAAACUUUGUUAUCAGCAAAGCAAGCCAUAAACGAGGCCACAACCGUAAACUGAGUAGUAACUAGGUUUAUAUUAAUUCAGCAUUAACUAAACUAGAUCGACGCAAGAUACAACAUUGUUUAAAGCACUGAGAAUGGUAAAAGUAGCGGUGGUAACAGGAAGUAACAAAGGGAUUGGUUUUGCCAUUGUCAGAGCUCUGUGUAAAAAGUUUGAAGGAGAUGUGAUAGCAACAGCUCGUGAUGUUGGACGUGGGGAAGCAGCUAUUGCAGAACUUGGCAAGGAAGGAUGUCAGGCCAAAUUCCAUCAACUUGACAUCACAGACACUAAAAGUAUUUCUGCUUUUGCAAACUAUUUGAAAGAAACCUAUGGAGGCCUUGAUAUCCUUGUCAACAAUGCUGGUAUAGCUUAUAAGCAAGCAUCAACAGCUCCUUUCAGUGAACAAGCAGAAGUGACAUUGAGAUGUAACUUCACUGGAACUUUGGAUGUUUGUCGACAAAUUUUUCCACUCUUGCAUCCUCAUGCCAGAGUGGUUAAUGUUUCCAGUAUGUCCUCCGUAAGAGCACUUAAUAAAUGUUCAACAGAUCUGAGAGAGAAAUUCAUUGAUAAAAAUUUAACUAUACCUCAGCUGGAAAAUUUGAUGGCUCAGUUUGUAACUGAUGUGAAAAAUGGUGACCAUGAAGCAAAAGGUUGGCCUUCAACAGCAUAUGGUGUCUCUAAGUUGGGAAAAACUGCUAUGACCAUAAUUCAACAGAAAGUUCUUGAUAGUGAAGGAAAAGAAGAUAUUGUUGUUAAUGCGUGCUGUCCUGGUUAUGUUGACACUGAUAUGUCAAGUCACAAAGGCCCUAAAACUAUAGAUGAAGGUGCUGACACUCCAGUCUAUCUUGCAUUACUGCCUCCAAACGUUAAAGAACCACGUGGUAAUUUUGUAUCAGAACGUCAAAUUCAUAAAUGGAUAUAAAUAUGACAUACAUAAAUGGAUGAUAAAUAUUUUUUUUAAUUGUAACUACAAAACUAUUAUUGUCUUUGAAUGAGAUAAACAAAUGAAGGUUUAAUUAUCUGUUGUUACUAAAUAAAUAAUUUCACUAUAAUUGAA